GAAACAAAUCUGUAGACACUCAAACAAUUUUUUUUUAGUUUAUCCCCAUCUGUGCCAAGUAAAACAACAUUGUGAGAUGAGAUGAAAAAAAAAGAAAAUAAAUUAAAUUAAAUUUCAUAAUCUACCUUAAAAUACAAAUAACUGCAAACAAAUUAAAAAAAAAAAAACAACAAACGCGGUUUAAACAAACAGUGAAAGAAAGAACAAAUUAAUAAAUAAUUAAUUAAGUUGCUGUAUGAGUCAAAUAACAAUAAUUUUGUCAUACAAUACAUGACAAAUAAACGAACAGUAUUUUUAGAUUUAAUAAAAAGAAAUAAACUAAAAUAAAUAAAAAAUAAAAAAAAUAAUAAACAUGAUUCGUGAUCGUUUGCCAGAACUAAAAGAGGUGGGAUGUACAUUCCACGCUUCUACGGAAUCCCUGGUUCUAAUUGAAAUAGAGGAUGUAGAAGAAGAAGUUGUUCGUUCGCAUAGUCCAGUAAUGGAUGCUUUACUCAAAAUGUACAACGAAAUACUCCUUGAAAUCGAACAAAUAUUACAGAAUAUCGAAACGAUGAAAGUAAUGACUCAAGCUAAAAAUGCCAAAAAUUUUAAGGAAAAAGAAUUUUAUAAAUUACGUCAAACUACCAUACAGAUUGGCAAUAAUAUUAUGAGUAAAUUUCAAUUGAUUGAAAGUACACUGCCACCGGAAAAUAACUACACAACAUUGGCACGUAUGAAGCGGUCCUUGUAUUAUGGGUUUUUCCAACAUUACGUGAUAAUCUGGAGUAAAAAUGAUGAAUUUUUCCAUGAGUAUGAAAAUAAAUUGAAGAAAAAUCUACAAAUGCAAUCGAAAAUAUUAAAUUAUGAUCUCACAGAAGAGGAAAUUGAAACUCUAGUAGCACACAAACAAACAACUUUAUACACCGGUAAUAUCCUAGAAACGGAACAUGCCCGAAAAACAUUGCAAGCGCUGAAAGAUCGUUUGGGAGAAUUAAAAAAAUUGGAAAAAUCAAUUGAAGAAGUUCACACAUUAUUCUUACGACUGCAAAACUUAGUAGUACAUCAGAGCGUCAUCAUGCAACGCAUUGAAAAACAUUUCGAUGAUGCCCGAAAUUAUGUGGAAGAGGGAACCAAAGAAAUUAAAGAAGCUGAAAUUAUCCAGAAAAAAACUCAAAAAAGCAAGCUAAUUUUUAUUAUAGUGGCCAUUAUUGCAGUAUCGUUAUUUUUACUUAUUGCUCUUUUGAUACGAUGAGUUAUCAAUCAAGAUCAAAAAUUGGUGUAGAGAGAUCAUAAGUCUUUUUAACGAAAUAAACGCGGUGCUAAAUAACAUUCAGUACAUUCAAAACAAUUUGCAAAAGUAAUUGUACUGCAAAAUUGUUUAAUUUAAGUUAAAUUUAUAUUUAUUGUAUGUAAAUAGCAUUUAAAGAAUUUAUUAUAUAAAAAGUACAUAAUUUAAUACCUAUGUACAUACAUAUGUAGUUAUACAGUUAGACAAAGAAUAGUUCCUACGACUAUGAAAUCUUUGUUACAAAUGUUAUAAAGUAGUCAAAGUUUAUAUUAUUUAUUUUUGAUAAAAAUAUAUAAAAUGAAUAUAAAAUCUUAAAAGAAAAAAAUU